UUCCUGAAGUCACAUCAUCACAGUCGCAUGGCUCCGCUCAUCACCACCCCCUCCAACACCAACCACAGGUGAAGCUCCGGCUCUAAACAUAGCUGCUCUGCGCCCUUCGCUUCUGCUCACAUCCAGGAACAGCUCAUAUCAGAUCUGUAGGAUGGUGCCGUGGCACGACGGGCACCUCACAGUAAAGGACAACGUUUGAUUUCUGUGGAGACCAGAGCAAAACAGCCGAACCAUGAGGGACAGACUGAGCCACCUGCAGGAGGUGUCCAAUGGCCACGUGGAGGAGAUGGAGUACGCGGAGUCCACUGUCUCCGACACCUUCAGCAACGUGGACCUGGAGGAGCUGCAGCAAGAGGCGGUGGUGUUCGACAACAGCCCGGAUCUGGAGGAAGUCUUCUCCCAGUCGCAAGACAUCCACAAGGAGGUCCAACUCAUCCGCCUGGAGAUUAAAAGGCUCCGCGAGCAGAACAACCGCAUGCUCCAUGGCACCACCAACAUGAGCGUCAUCAAAAGGGACUCUAACACCAUCGGUGCUGAUAUAAAGUCCCGGGCUGAGGGUAUUCUAGCUCGGCUGCGGGAGAUGGACGGCACGGCCCACAAACUGGAAGAAGCCCACGGGUCCAAUUCUGCCAUCACACGCAUCGCCAGGACCCAGUAUGCCUGCAUCAGCAACGGUUUCCGCGACGCCAUGUUUGACUAUAAUGAGGCUGAGAUGAGCCACAGGGAGAACUGUAAGAGCCAGAUCCAGAGGCAGAUGGAGAUCGUGGGGCGUGAGGUGUCAGGAGAGGAGAUGGAGGAGAUUAUUGAGACGGGCCAGUGGAACGUCUUCACAGACAACAUCGUCUCCGAGGGCAAAACGGCCCGAUCGGCUCUGUCUCAGAUUGAGAAACGUCACCAGGAGCUGGUGGACCUGGAGGCCCGCAUCCAGAGCAUCCAUGAGAUUUUCCUGGACAUUGCCUUGCUGGUGGAGGAGCAGGGGCCCAUGCUGAACGACAUCCAGACUAACGUGCAGAAAACAGAUGAAAACAUACAGGAAGUCCUCGUCAAACUCGGCAGGGCCAAGCGUCACGAUAAGAACAACCCGUUCAAGAAGAUGUUCUGCAGCUGUUUCCCAUGCGUCGAUUAAUGACCGUCCACGGGCGGGUAGAGGGAGGGGGAAGAGCUGGACAUUCCAAGAAGAGAGGGAAAUCCUAAUGAAAUCAAACUUAGUAUUUAAUGUCUGUAAUGUUUGUUUAAAAGGUUUGAGACGGGUAUCUCAAAUCAGAAUCAAUUCCCCCGUGAAUGGUGUUUAAAACUAUUUUUUUUUUAUUGCCUAUCACCUGUUUCCUCAUCGAAGGGAAUCAAUGCUCAUUCAGUUUUUGGAACAUUAUUACAUCUACGUUUUCAGGAUGCCUUUGAUUUUAAGUCCAAUCAUCAAUCAAUUGACCAAAGACAUUCAGAGAGACAUCAAGCUGAAAGAAAAUGUUUUAGAAAUUGAACAAAUGUAGUUGCUCUUGAUUUAGAUGAUGUUUUUCUUCACUGCUAUAGAUUUGAACUAUAAAAUUCAUGGGUUGCCACUCUGGAGUUUAUUGUGAUAUCACACUAUGUUUUAAUCUGCUACUUUUCACUGCCCUUUAAUGACUUGAUAUAUAAAAUCUUAUAUUUGUCUUUAUCUCAACAAGUCUUGUAUUUAACAUAAACAACUGUAUUAAAAUAUAACUUGAGUGUU